AUGAAGCUAGCAAAUAACCGGUGGUUGGCGCUUCUGAUCGUAACCGCGGUCCACGCCGCCGCCGCCGCCGCCCCCGAGGGCCCUGCUCACGGCUGGCUCGAGUCUUGGACGGAUUUGUGGAAGCGUUGGGAUCCCCUCAACCCCCUCGCGCCGUUGGGCAACUUGGGCAACCUGACACCGGCGGCAUUCAACGUCGAGUCGAUCGUUCCCGACUUCACCCUGCCCACCGAGUCGUCUACCGCUCCCCUGACGUCUGCCGCUCCCCAAACCACCGUCGCCGACACUCAAGGUGAUAAUUCUAAGGGCAAUAAUGGCAACGACAACAACGGCAAGGGCAAUGGCAACAACGGUAACGGUAACGGCAACAACGGCAAGGCUUUCGGCAAAUCCGACAAUUCUCAGGACAAUAAUGGCAACGCGCAAGCCGCCAACCCUCAGGACGAGGCUAACGCCGCUGCGUCGCCGGCGCCGGCAUCGACCACGCCUACUACCGAAGCCUCUACUGAAGCCUCUACUGAAGCCACCACUCAAUCGCUGACGCCGCCGUCGCAAGCGCCGCUGUCACAACCGCCUUCGGCUGCUCCCUCGACCACGCCAUCGCAAGCGCCGCUGUUACAACCGCCUUCGGCUGCUCCCUCGACCACGCCGUCGCAAGCGCCGCUGUCACAACCGCCUUCGGCUGCUCCCUCGACCACGCCGUCGCAAGCGCCACUGCCGCUGCCGUCGCCGGCGCCCACAACCACGCAAAUCUCUGAGGUGCCGUCGCCCACUGUCGCUCCUGAAUCGUCUACUCCCGCGGAAGCAUCGCCUGCUCCAUCGCUGACGAAUAAGAUUGGUCAAGGACACGUUUUAGAUGCGGGUUUGCCUCAGGCUGGCAACACCGACACUCAAACCACGGACUCGACGUUUGUUGGCGCCGCCAUCACUUCUGGCGUGUUCCCUAAGCAUUCGACUGAGUCUGACGUCCCCGUGGGUGCUGAUGGCAAGCCUUUAACCACCACUGACAUCGAGGAAGUUGGCGGUCCAGGGCUCGGCGACGCUGCCAACGCUGCCGUUGACACUGGUGCUGCUACCACUACGCCCACCACUCAGCCGACUACCGAGCCGACCACUGAGGCUACUACUCAGCCUACGACUCAGCCUACCAUGCAGCCUACGACUCAGCCUACCACGCAGCCGACAACGCAGCCGACGACGCAGCCUACCACGCAGCCGACAACGCAGCCGACGACGCAGCCUACUACUGAGCCGACUACUCAGCCCACUACUGAGGCCACUACUCAGCCCACUACUGAGCCUACGACUCAACCCACUACUAAGGUAACGACUGAGCCCACUACUGAGCCCACCACUGGGGCUACCACUCAGCCCACGACUGAGACGACUACUCAGCCCACUACGGAAGCCACUACUCAACCGACGACGCAGCCUACUACGCAGCCGACUUCGAUUGAGGAGGUGCCGUCGCCUCUGAGUCCGUCCGUCGGUAAUGUCGAGUCGACGACCAAGGUAGAGGAUGGUCCUAUCGAUGCCGCCAACGGUGCCAACGAGUACACUGGGUCCCCGUCUUCCUCCACGGUUCAGCCCACUACUGAGGCUACUACUGAGGCUACUACUGAGCUGACUUCUGUGGCUGUUCCCACUACUCAGCCCUCCAGCACGCUGUCGGCUGAGCCCACCACUGAGCCUACUACGGAGUCGACCACGCCGGUUUCUGUGCCCACUACUCAGCAAUUUGACCAAACUUCGCUGACUUCGGUGCCGACGACUGGCACCGCCGAAACCACCAUCCCUGACGAUGCGGCCAAUGGUGCCCAGGACCAGUCGUUCUCGAAACAAGACACACAAGCGACGCUGGUGCCGACCACUUCUACUGAAGCUCCCGUCACCACCAAGCCUACUUCGAAGACCACUGACAAAACCACCGACAACACUUUUGUCCCUGAGUUUUUGACCACUUCCGAGCCUGCUGUUCCCGGUGACGACCUGGCUAACGCCGCUGUCUCUGAGAACCUGGCCUCUGAGUCUGUGGUGACUGAUGAUCUGGCUAACGCUGUGUCCAAUGGAGACUCGCUGCCGCUGGCUGCUCCGCUGACUACUCCGCUGACUACUCCGCUGACUACUCCGCUGACUACUCCGCUGACUACUCCGCUGACNUGGUGA